AUGGAGGUGAAGCUCGCUGAGGCGGAGCAGGCGCGAGACGGGCAAACGAAACAGUUUCAAGAGGAGGCGAACACCAUCCCACUGGAGCGACACUUAAGCUACGAGGGCCGCCCUCGAGAUCAGCAGAAACAACUCGCCGAAGAGCACGAACGGGGCCUCGCCGCUCAAAGGUCGGAGCUCGUGGAAGCAGAGACGCGUCGCUUCGUGGCGCUAAGGACGGAGAUAGGAGAGGCGCAUACGCUCGAAUUGGAAGGACAGAAGAACGACGUUUCUGGAAGCCUACCACUUCACACUCAGAAGGCAGUGAGGUUCCCAGACCUCCACGGAGCCCAGAUGGCUUUGUAUGCGAUUGACGCGAUCACGCAAAGCCAGGAGGCGCCUAAAGAGGAGCUGGGGAAACUCAGGAACUCGGUUGUAGAGGAAAAGCAAGAGACGGAGAGACAGGUUGUGCCCACUUUGGCGGGACCUCUUGUCGAUGAGUUGCCUAAGCAAGCCGAAGAGGACUCGGUCCCAGUGGCCAAGGAGGUCCAGAAGAAAGGGGAAUAA